GCGGUGCAAUCUCGCCUCGGAAGAUGCGUUGAUUCUCGAGAUGAUUGGUGAACUUGCAAGAAAGCUCUCUCUUGUAGACGCAGCGGCCGAAAAGUUCCACACAGAAUUGGGGCCUGGCCAAAAGGCGUUCGGAUUAUUGCCCCGCAUAUUAGUUGAAGCAGUUAAUAUGCUGCUGAGGGCGCGAGAGACGAUAACAAUUAUCGCUCAUCAACACAGAUUGAGGGCCACGUUACAUCCUCUACCAUAUCCAAAAUAUGCUGACACCGGUGUUCAUACGCGCAUCUCCGCAAUUCCACUGAAACACACCACAAGCCUGAGAAAGCAGAGAGCUUAUUCACAGGCAUCCUGGACCAUCUUCCUUCAAUACUAGCAUUUGCAAUGCCACUCAAUAUCAGCUACAAGGGAGUAGCAACGGGGAUUUAGAGCAGAGUGGAAUACGUGUGUUGGAGCUGGCAGAACCGAGAGGCGCGUCACCGAGACAAUAUUCGAGUUCGGACUUAUGUGUGGUACGGCUAAUCCUUGUAUCACACUU